CCGCCCGCGGAGGUGGUCCCGAGGGGUUCCGAUUCCCCAGGCUCGCGUCGGGGGUGCGCUGGGCCCCCUCCCCAGGGCCGUGUCUCCGCGUGCAGUGGCCGUGGGCCCGCGGCCUCGACGUGCCCAGGUCGUCCUGUAACAUUAACCUUGUAUUAGUUUGUAAUAAUCGUUCCUGUUUCUUCACAAAUGGUGUAAACCCUCUAAUGUCCUCAGGGUUUGGAGCUGGGGUUUGUCGUUAGGGGCGGCAGUAGUGCGUCCCAGCUGUGUUAUUUACUUCACUCUCCCGCGGUUCACCCCUAGUGCCCGCCGCGUCCGGAGCUGGGCCCUCCGUCCCCUCUCCCGUGCGUGGGGGACCCCAGUUCUGAUCGCUGCGGAGGCUGGAAGCUGGCAUGAGGCAGAGCUGGGAGUUGAACCCGGGCCCUCUGAGGCUGGGUGCAGGGUUUGGGCUAAACGCUCCGCUCCCUCUGUGUGUUGUGUUCGUGACCCCUCCCGGCUCUGUCCCUCAGACUGAGGACGGCGGAUCUCCGCCCGCUUCUCAGCCCGUCCCCUCGUCCCCUCUGUUCCCGGCUGCUCCCAUCUCCGCCCGCUUCUCAGCCCCUUCCCUCUGUUCCCGGCUGCUCCCAUCUCCGCCCGCUUCUCAGCCCCUUCCCUCUGUUCCCGGCGGCCGUUCUGAUCGGGCAGUUGCCGAGUUAGGAGCUAAGGAAUCGUCUCCGCAGUAUCGCACAGUGCGGCGCUGGUCUUGUAACAGAGUCAGGGUGGCUUUGGCUCUUCCGGUGGAAUUCGUCCUUUUCAGCUUCAAAACUGGAAGCAGAAAGUCAUCCGGACUAAGAAAGCAGAGUUUACGCGCACAGCAGAGAGACUGAGAAAUCAAGUUAUAAUCAUAGAAAAAGAUAAACACAAUCAUUUCUACAACCAAAAAAGUGACUUCAGAAUUGAGCAUAGUAUGCUGGAAGAAUUGGAAAAUAAAUUGAUUAACAGCAGGAAAACAGAAAGAGCAAAAAUCCAGCAGCAGUUGGCCAAAAUACAUAACAAUGUGAAAACGCUUCAGCAUCAGUUAAAAGAUGUGAAACCUACACCUGAUUUUGUUGAAAAGCUGAGAGAAAUGAUGGAAGAAAUUGAAAAUGCGAUUAACACUUUUAAAGAAGAGCAGAGGUUGAUAUAUGAAGAGCUUAUUAAAGAAGAGAAAACAACGAACAAUGAGUUGACAGCCAUAUCCAGAAAAAUUGACACAUGGACCUUGGGCAGUCCAGAGACAGAGAAAACUUCCCGAGCAUCCUCAGGCAGAGUUCCUGGGGACCGGGCGACAGCAGGCACCCUUCCAGAAGAAGUCGUGGACUUCGAGAAAUUCCUGCAGCAGACAGGAGGCCGACAAGGUGGCUGGGAUGACUACGAUCACCAGAGCUUCGUGAGGGUGAGAAGCAAGCACAAAGGGAGGCCGUCGUUUGUGGGAGAGGCUCUGGAACACCUGCCGGGGAGAACGCAGGAGGAGGUGCAGCAGCACGAGAAGUGGUACCAGAGGUUCCUGGCUCUGGAGGCGAGGAAGAAGGAGUCUAUUCAGAAUUGGAAAACUAAAAAGCAGCAAAAAAAGGAGGAAAUUUUCAAGUUAAAGGAAAAGGCAGAUAACGUGCCUGUGUUUUUUCAUGAUAAAGAAGACGACAGUCAGAAGCAGAAGGAGGAAAAAAGAAAGAAACAGAAAUUGGCAGUUGGAGCUUGGAAAAAGCAGAAAAGCGUAGAACUGUCAAUGAAAUGUGCUUCCCAGCUAAAAGAAGAGGAAGAGGAAGAGAAAAAGCAGCAGAAAGAGCGCCAACGCCAGCUGAAGCUAAAAUUACUGCUGGAAAGUUACACCCGGCAGAAGAAAGAACAGGAAGCAUUUUUGAGGCUUGAAAAGGAGAGGAGGGAAAAGGCAGAAAAAGCAGAAAAGAGGAAAACUGCUGCUGAUGAAAUUUCCAGGUUUCAAGAAAGAGAUUUACAAAAACUUGAACUGAAAAUUCUAGAUAGACAGGCAAAGGAAGAUGAAAAGGUGGAAAAACAAAGACGCCUGGCACAGUUAAAACAAAAGGUUGAAAACCGUGUGGGCAGAGAUCCCUCUAGGCUUUACAAACCUACCAAAGGCUGGGAAGAACGGACGAAGAAGACGGGCCCAGCUGGCUGUGGGCCUCUGCAGCACAUCCCACACAGGGCCGUUCCAACCUGGAGACAAGGAUUGUAGAGAGAGGAGACAGGGGAAUCAGGAGUCAGUUGAUGAGGACGUUGCCAUCUUCAGUUACGCCAGCGGAGAGUGACUAACCUGUUCUUGAAAUGUCACUGUCCUGGUCAGGUUGUUACUGUGCUGUGAGAGGUGUGAAGUGAGACGUGCUAAGUUCCACACAGUGCUGUCACGAGCAUGUCCUGUUUCUGCAAGGGGCUAUUUAAUGUGUAUGUUGGCCUGUUAGUGAUAGGGAAGUUACCUACAUUCAUGUUAACAACAUUAUUCAUUCAAUACUCAAAAUGUUUAGAAAUUAGUGUUCCUUGUCAUAGCAUAACAAAGUAAAUUUGGGCAAUUAGACAUUUUUAAGUCAAAAUUUUAUAACUUUUAUAACUUGUAGCAAGUUAGCUUGAGUAACAGAAAUGUCAAGUGGUUUUGUUUUUCGAGUUAAACAAUACUUUGACAAACUAAACAAAAUUGUUUUUCAGUUAUUAAACUUUGGGGUAAUAAAUAUUUUGUAUUUGUUUUCAGCAUGCUUUGUUUUAUAUUGAGACUAUUUUAAAAAUAUGCCUCAGAUCUCCUGUGUGCUUUAAUUGUAUUUCUGAUACAAUCUUUCUUAUUUCACUCAGCGAUUCCAAAUUUCCCUUCGGCCUUUCUGGACUUACGUAUUUAUAAAAUCUUUGUGUCGACA